GAUAUUCAGUUUACUGUCACAGAGGAGUAAAAAAAAACAAAAACAAAAAACACAGAAUAUAUUCAAAUUUAAGAGGCUGGAAUCAGAUAAUUUUAACUUUUUCUACAAAAUUUCUCAAAAUGAUUAUCAAAAUGACAGAAUAGAAAUUAAUUUUACAGUUGACAACUAACCGAUAAUCGAUUCGUCUUUGCAGCUCUUUUUGCCAACACAGCGCCUUGCUUGAUAUCGCUGCACUCGAGUUGAGCCACUUUCAACUUAUUUUGCCAAAUGACCCAGGGCCAUACUGUUUCUAUUUAUUGACCAUGUUAAGAAUAUAGCUCCCAGGAAAUAUAAAUAUGUCUGCUGAGGAAGCUACUUUCUAAUUUUCCUGUGAAUAGAAGAUACUAUUUUACCUUUUCCCUUAACUGUCAGCUAAUAAAGAGAUUAAACUUAAGCCUAAUAGAUGGUGGACAUCUGAAGGGACCAUGAAGGCCAAUGAGCACACACACAAAAAAAAACAACCCUCCCCUCUUCCCCCACCCUCCUCAUGAAAAAAAUAUUGCUCCGAGUCACAGUGUGGCAGAAUUAAAAUGACAAUGUCUAAAUAUGAAAAUUCAGGCAUUGCAGACCACCACGGCUGAAUGAGCGUAGCGGAAACAUUGGUGUAAUUAUCUGUGUUCUAAUUAUCCUCCAAUACAAGAGACUGGCAGGAGACACAUUAAAGACUGUGACUGAACAGGCUUCUGAGUUGCUCUGUCCAUCACUGCACGAGUAAACUCAAUCCUGAUGUCUAAGCAAACCUUUCAAAAUUUGUUUAAGUGCUGACAUGAAGGCUUGCUUCUCCCCCUUCUCCUCUUACUUCAUAGCAAAUUGCGAUAAUGCUUUAUUCCUCUUUCUGGAGAGUGGGUGUGAAUACAAAUAGGUCAGCAGCCCAACCCCCCCUCCACCACCCCCCUCCCCAUUAACAGGGCAGGCAGCAACAGCAGCAGAGACGGCAUGAUGUGGUGAGAGAACGUGCUGCCACCAAGCCUGGAGCUGCCUAUCAGAACAAAAAACACACUUCCUCCUCCCCCGCUGCUCUCAACCCUCCAGCCCUCUCGCAGACAACACAACGACAGCCCACAGGAGCUGCUGAAUGAGGAAGGUGAGAAAAGGAAAGUGGAAAAAAAAGGAAAGCGAGGCACAUGGUAGGGGGGAGGGAGGUUAACAUGAGAGCAUGUGAAUUAAAGAGGAAGAGCGAGAGGAAACAAGGAUCCGCGAGGAAAUAGAGGCUGAACAAACGGAGAGAUGCGAGGCUUGUGCAUCAUCCAGAGAUGAUCUCGAUCUAUCCGCUGCUGCUUUGAUAUACAGAAUACGACAGGCGAGGACAGCGAAAGGACCCACAGCUGCAGCUAACUGUCAACCACUGACUCUAUACUCCCUUUGGCAAAAGGCAGCAGCAGCAGCACCGUUAGCAUCAAGCCUCUGGGGACAAUGCGCCAAGGCAGAUGGAGAGACUGCAACACUGGAGCUCUGACACAUGUUCUGUCCAUGCAUGCACACGCAGAUACACUUGUGCAUGCAUGUGGUAGUUAGCUUCGAGUGGCAGGAAGAGGACCAAAUUUCUCCGUUCUUCUGCGUAACAGCCACAUGUGGGCUGGGUUAAAAGAAGAGGAUGAUUUGUCAUACGUUGAGAGGGAAAUAAAUGAGGACCUGAGUCGUCAAGCUGGAGCUGUAUGUGAUUUGGCUACAGGGACGAAAGGAGCAGUGACCAAGAGGGCAAUUUGUGAGUGAGGAUUGUAAUUCAUCACAGUCAGCAAUGAUGGAUGGAUUAAAAUGGGCAAUCACCAGCCGUACAGCAUUAGAGCGGACUCACAUCUUACAACUGGCUUGUUGGACAACACCACUGUCUGUGAUGAGAGAUCAACAUUGGGUCCAAGGCCCUUAAGGAACCCAUCACACACACACUUCACAUUUUCUCAAGGGAUCAAGGACUGGUCAGAAGCUGCUGACAGUAAGCCUUGGGAGCGUGACACCUGUCUGAGUGAAUUCCUCCUGCUGAAACCAUGCAGUGGAGACGACGCCACUGCUGUACACACACAGCUAAAUUUCUCUAUCUCCUCACACUGUUGGGUCUGUUGGUCUUUCUGGUCCAACAGGUGUGGCUGCCUAAGCUCACAGGUAUGCCACGGUGGAGAGGCCAUCCUGUGGUGUACGGAGGGGGUGAACUGCAUACCACCAAAGCCAAAUGGAACAUGAGCGCCCCACAUUCAGCGUGGAGGUUUGUCAUUGUCCCUCAGUCGACUUUCAAAACUGAUACUAACAACAGCUCCCCUGAGAAGGUGGGUGUCUCCUCACUUCAAGGAGACCCAACUUUUGAAAGCACACCAGCAGCCAACACUAGCCAAAGUGUAGAGGGAGACCUUCGUGACAAUGUAACCCAUGGGCCUUUCACUUAUAUCAUCAACGAGCCAGACAAAUGUGUAGACAGCGGACCUGCGCCUUUUCUGGUGUUGCUUAUAGCCACUGAGGCUAGGCAGGUGGAGGCAAGAAAUGCCAUACGGCAGACGUGGGGGAACGAGAGCGUGGCUCCAGCUCUGGGAUUCAUCCGGUUGUUUCUGCUGGGGAAAAAUGAGGGAGAGCUGGGACUUCUACAGCAACGGAUGCUAGAAGCAGAGAGCCGGAGGCACCACGAUAUCAUUCAGCAGGACUUUCUGGAUUCCUACAAAAACCUGACCAUUAAGACAUUGAUGGGAAUGAACUGGGUGGCAAUGCACUGCCCAAAAGCCGGCUACGUCAUGAAGACUGACAGUGACAUGUUCGUCAACACGGAGUACCUCAUUUACAAGUUGCUCAGACCAGAACUGCAGCCUAAGAAGAACUACUUUACAGGCAAUAACAUGAGAGGCUUUGCACCCAACCGAAACAAAAACAGCAAGUGGUACAUGCCCCCUGAGCUGUACCCAGGUGAGAAGUAUCCCACCUUCUGCUCUGGGACUGGUUAUGUCUUCUCUGGAGACUUGGCGAGGAAGAUCUAUGGCGUAUCGCUGAGAGUCAGCCGCCUGCAUCUGGAGGAUGUGUAUGUGGGAAUAUGCCUGGCCGAGUUACGAAUCGAACCCACUCCUCCGCCCAACGAGUUCCUAUUCAACCACUGGCGGGUGUCUUAUUCCAGCUGCAAAUACAGCCAUCUCAUAACAUCGCAUGGGUUUCAUCCCAACGAGCUACUUAAAUACUGGCAUCACCUGCAGAGCAACAAACACAACGCCUGCAUCAACCCAAUGAGAGGAGGCAGGGCACACUCAGGCAGAGUGUACAAAGAGAGACCAGCACAGUAACUGACAGAUAUCAAUGAACUCCACUUGUCACAAGCUCCUUGUUAGAUGCAAAUAAUGUUUUAAUCUCAGACCGUUCUAUUCUUAACAUCAAGGGAUUAAUCCAAACUUUAUCCACAUACUCACUAAAAUACAAAUUCUACAUUAAUGUUGUGUGAAAACCCUACAGCUAUUGCCAAUUUUGUAUUAAAGAGAUUAAAAUGUUUCUAUGUUUGGGACAAACCACUGGAGAUUUUAUGUACAGUUAUAUUUUACAACAGAGUGAGCUGUGUUUCUCUGUGGUGCAAAGGCUACUUUUUUGUAAUGAUGUGAGAUCUACUGUCUGUGUUUUAUAUAUGCUGCCUUACAAGUACGGGCCACUCUAAAACUAGAGUGGACAGGGUACAGUGCCAAUAAAUGUUUCCACGUGUGUAGCAAAAA